AUAAAAAACCUCUUCAUGAAAUAAAAUCCCAAAAUAUUGAGACUGCCAGCGACAUUGCCUUGUACUCCGGCCUGGGAGCAGCAGUCAUUGCUGUAGCUGUGCUGGUGGUUGGCGUUACCCUUUACAGACGGAGUCAGAGUGAGUACGGCGUGGAUGUGAUUGAUUCAUCUGCACUGACAGGAGGCUUCCAGACAUUUAAUUUUAAAACAGUCAGACAAGGUAACUCCCUGCUUUUGAACUCCUCCAUGCAGCCUGACUUGACAGUGAGCAGGACGUACAGUGGCCCCAUCUGCCUGCAGGACCCCAUGGACAAGGAGCUAAUGACAGAGUCUUCGCUGUUCAACCCGCUGUCAGACAUCAAAGUCAAAGUUCAGAGUUCAUUCAUGGUGUCCCUAGGGGUGACGGAGAGGGCCGAGUAUCAUGGAAAGGCACAUUCUGGAACUUUUCCUCAUGGGAAUAAUAGAGCUUUUGGGACAAUGCAGGCUAGAAAUAAGGCUACCUACAUUCAGAACCUGUCUUCUAUUUCAACAAGAAGUGAGCUGAAGACAACUGCCAUCUUUGGACACCUGGGUGGCCGUUUAGUGGUUCCAAACACAGGAGUCAGUUUGUUGAUACCACAUGGAGCUAUUCCCGAAGAGAGCUCGUGGGAAAUCUAUCUUGCCAUCACUCAAAAGGAGUCCAGCCUACAGCCAGAAGGCACAGAUGUUCUUCUGGGACCAGAAGUAACUUGUGGGCCCGCAGAUUUGUCUGUCAGCACUCCAUUUGCCUUGACAAUACCGCACUGCGCAGAAGUGAAUUCAGAGCACUGGAAUAUUCACUUGAAAAAAAGGACAGCGCAAGGAAAAUGGGAGGAAGUGAUGUCUGUGGAAGAGGAAACUACUUCUUGCUACUGCCUGUUGGAUCCUUAUGCCUGUCACAUUCUCUUAAACAGCUUUGGAACUUAUGCUCUUAUUGGAGAACCCAUCUCUGACUGUGCCGUUCGACAGCUGAAAGUAGCGGUUUUUGGCUGCCUGUCUUGCAAUUCUCUGGAUUACAAUCUGAGAGUAUAUUGUAUGGAUAACACACCUUGUGCAUUUCAGGAAGUGGUUUCGGAUGAAAGGCUCCAAGGAGGACAAUUACUGGAGGAACCAAAACUUUUGCAUUUCAAAGGGAAUACCUUCAGUCUUCAGAUAUCUGUCCUUGAUAUCCCCCCUUUCCUUUGGAGAAUUAAACCAUUUACUGCAUGUCAGGAGGUGCCGUUCUCCCGCGUGUGGUGCAGCAGCCAGAAGCCGCUGCACUGUGCCUUUUCGCUGGAGCGCUACACGCCCGCAACUACACAGCUGUCCUGCAAGGUCUGUGUCCGGCAAGUCAAGGGUCAUGAGCAAAUCCUACAGAUCCAGACAUCCAUUCUAGAGAAUGAAAGAGAAACCAUCGCUUUCUUUGCACACGACGACAGCAACUUCCCCGCACAGAUGGGUCCAAAAGCAUUCAAGAUCCCCUACUCCAUUAGACAGCGAAUCUGUGCAACAUUUGACACACCCAAUGCCAAAGGCAAAGACUGGCAGAUGUUAGCACAAAAAAACAGCAUUAACAGGAAUCUCUCCUAUUUUGCUACGCAGAGCAGUCCAUCUGCCGUCAUUCUGGACCUCUGGGAAGCCCGACAUCAACAUGAUGGCGACCUCGACUCCCUAGCCUGUGCCCUGGAAGAAAUAGGAAGGACACACUCCAAAAUCUCAGACAUAACGGCAACGGAGAUCGAAGAGCCUGACUUCAACUACAGCAGACAAAAUGGACUUUAG